CGUAAACAUCUCGCUAUAAAUGAUGGGUUAUCAUCACCGUGAAUGAAAUUUUAUGCGGCUCUCUUACUCCCCUGAUCACUACUUAUCAUGGCCACUAGUACUAAUGGCGGAAGAUGAUACAAGUUUGGAUGGCUCGCUGCAUGUGCCACGACAACUUGAAGCGUCCUAAGGACUCUGCCAGAGGAUUAAUAAAAGGCAACACCUGGUCAUGGAGCGUACUAUCUUUUCGUCGCUUGGGAAUUUCCAAUCCCAGAUUUUAGCUCGCACACCAAGAAAUCAGUAUUUUUACCUCCUAUCCCGGAAGGACUGCGCACGUCAAUUAUCACAGAUCAUUAUCACUGCCCUCACAGCCGUUGUGCUCAUCAGAUGGGCCUCCUGGACUUUCUGGAUCAUCGUAGAUCUGCGCCCAAACACCACGGAGACUACUUGUGAUUUCAUUUCGAAACCCGACGUAGAUGUCCUCGUUCGUACCUCUGAUGUGAUGAGCGUUCAUCCAAAGUUAACAGACUUGGUCGUGGGUACAUCUAGGAAGUCUGGGGUCUGUACUUCGAUGAUCUGUCUUGCUGCCUGUUCCAUGUUGCUUGGAUCGCGAUUCGCUCGCUAUCUCGAAGUUGCUAUGCCAUUCAUGACUAUUGGAUGACGGCACGCACAGGUGGAAAGCAAGCAAUCCACAAGGCACAGGGUUGCCAAUUCAUUGAAUAGAGCUAAGCUUUGCUUCAUAUGCUGCGGAGCCCAUUCGGCAGUAUUCAUGAUGUCACUAUGGACGUUGACCCUGCUGAUAUGUUUCCUCUUUGCUCCGUUGCCAGUGGCGUGGUAUACGUUUUGUUCAUCAUCGUCCUUCCGUCAACUUUACGCCCCCGUUCAUCUC